AUGGCAGAAGAUGCUCCAGCCCCCGCAGCGGCCCCAGCAAAGGCCCCCAAGAAGAAAGCGCCCCGACCCAAGAAAACUGGUCCUAGCGUGGGCGAGCUCGUCGUCAAGGCUAUCUCUGCCUCCAAAGAGAAGAAGGGAGUUUCUCUGGCUGCGCUGAAAAAAGCUUUGGCGGCUGGUGGGUACGAUGUGGAAAAGAACAACGCUCGUGUCAAGGUGGCCAUCAAGAGUUUGGUCACCAAGGGAACUCUGGUCCAGACCAAGGGAACUGGUGCCUCCGGCUCCUUCAAGCUGAACAAGGCGGUGGAAAAGAAGCCUGCAAAGAAGGCAGCUCCUAAAGCCAAGAAGCCAGCAGCGAAGAAACCUGCCGCUGCUAAGAAACCUAAGAAGGCAGCAGCUAAGAAGCCGGCGGCCGCUAAAAAGUCUCCGAAGAAAGCAGCCAAGAAGCCCGCCACGCCGAAAAAGGCAACGAAGAGCCCGAAGAAGGCUAAGAAGCCCGCUGCACCCAAGAAGGCAGCAAAGAGCCCCAAGAAAGCAAAGGCAGCGAAACCCAAGGCGGCCAAGCCUAAAGCUGCCAAGCCCAAAAAGGCUGCACCCAAGAAGAAGUGAAUGUUGCGUUUUCAACAAGUUUACAAAACGGCUCUUUUAA